AAUCCCUCCCCUUCCCUCCCGGGACCCCAGGAGGCGCGGGGACUCCGGAGGCGGCCCUUUCCCCUGGAGGCGCCUAGGUGGCACGGUCAGCGUCUCAGCUCCUGGGGUCUCUGGGCUCCGAGCUGCCCAAGGGGUGUAGAGGGGCCUCUGGAGGAGGCGGGUUCGCUCCAGCCAGAAAGCCCGGAGCCGCCCAGGAUUUUUGGCUCGGACUAAGAGCAUUUCCUCCCAGGCCGGCCGGGCGCGAUCCGGGGAGGGCGGCUGCGGGCAGACGCGGCGCUGCGCUGGUCCGGGCCGGCAACAUGCGGACCCUACUCGGCGCGCUGGCUGGGCUGGCUCUGCUCCGCGCCGCGGGCGCUUUGGCUGCUGCAGAACCCUUCAGCCCUCCCCAAGGAGACGCAGCUCAGAGCACAAAGUGUGACAGACACAUGGCUGUGCAACGCCGUCUGGUUGUCGUGGAGGAGGUAACAGCGUGGUUUGGAAGGACAUGCGGGAUGGUAGAGAAGACCGUGGAGCACCUGGCGACAGAGGUGAAAGGCCUGCUGGGCCUGCUGGAGGAGCUGGCCUGGAACCUGCCCCCAGGACCCUUCAGCCCGGCCCCCGACCUCCUCGGAGAAGAUGGUUUCUGAGCCCCGGAGCUGGAGCCCAGCAGCUGGAGGUGGUGCCCUUGCCAGGCAGCACCCUCUGAGAGCCAGCCCUGUCCGCUCGCCUUCCUUCCGCAGCUUCGUGUGCAAUAAAAGCUCCUCCUUCUGUCUCCUCUGUGUCUGCUGACAGAGUAACCCGUUUAACUACAGCCCCCUCUCCCUCCACUUCCAUGCCUGGAGGAGGCCUGCAACCCCCCCCCCCAGGCUCAGACCUGGGGACACCCCCAUUCCCGCCAUCUGUGCUUUAGUCCUCCUUAAUUACAGGAGCAGAUGAGCAGGGGUUGAUUCACAGAGGUGGGGGCUCUUCGAGUGGUCUUGCGUCUCAAAAUGUGGCCAUAGGUGAAAAGCAAGGGGAUCAGGGUCUCAGGCCCCACCCAGACUUCUUAAUCCAAAUCUGCUUUGCAAUGAGACCCCCAGGGAAUUUAUGUGUCCAUUAAAGUGGUUUGUUGUUUUUUAAAAAAAAAUUCCUAUGAAGUGAAAUUCAAUGUAAAAUUCAUCAUUUUAACCAUUUUAAAUUGUACAAGGCUGGGGGAAGUGGUUUACACCUAUAAUCCUAGCACUUUGGGAGGCCAAGGUGGGAGGUUCACUUGAGCCCAGGAUUACGAGGCCAUCCUGGGCAACAUGGUGAAACCCUAUCCCUGCAAAAAAUACAAAAAAUAGACUGGCAUGGUGGCAUGUGCCUGUAGUCCCAGCUACUCAGGAGGCUGGGGUGGAAGGAUCACCUGAGCCCAGGAGGUCAAGGCUGUGGUGAGCCAUCAUGGUGCCACUGCACUUCAGCCUGGGUGACAGAGUGAGACUUUGUCUCAAAAAGAAAAAAUCAUACAAAUGCAGUGGCUUCCGGUACAUUCACAAGUUGUCAGUCAUCACCACCAGUUUCAGAAUACUGUUCUCACUCUAGAAAGAAACUCUGUACCUGUUAUGCAGUCACAUCCCAUUCCCGAUCCCCCAACCCCCUGGAAACCACCGAUCUCUGUCGCCAUGAACUUGCCUAUUCUGGACAUUUUAAAUGCAGUAGCCCGCUUUAUCUGUGGUUUCACUUUCCAUGGUUUCAGUUACCUGCAGUCAACCACAAUCCUAAAAUAUUAAACUCAAGAAAUAAACAACAUAUGAGUUUUCA